GGAAAAUAUUGUAUAUUGUUGUACCUGUGAAAAGUGAUCAGCAUGUGGUGAGAUACACUAUGAAAUAACAUAUAGUGAUAGUUCGGGCAACAUUUCAGAAUGUUUCUUGGUUGGAGGUUGUUUACCCAUUGUUUGAUUUGGAAUAAUAUGUAUAAUUGCAAAAAGAGGACGUAUUACCUUACUGCCUGGGAUAUUCGUUUUGUUUCCGUAUACCGGACUACGUAAGCCAAGUAAAUUAAGUUGGAGCGGUAGGACUGUAUAAUACGAUGUCUUCAGAAACAUUAUCUCAAGUGAACAAGACGUUUUUAUCCGGAUCAUUUGAUUCGACAGGCGAUGGUGUGAAUAAUACGACUACCUUGGAAGUUUACGAGGAGACACACGGAAACUUGGAAGUUUUCCUGGUGCCAAUUCUUUUCGCUAUAAUAUUCCUUGUAGGUGUCGUGGGAAACGUCACUUUGAUCUUUACGGUGUUGAAAACCAAAUCUUUGCGGAAUACUCCUAACAUCUUUGUCGUCAGUUUAUCAGUUGGUGAUUUAUUGUUAUUAUUGUGUUCAGUGCCGUUUUCUGCUACACUUUUCACGUGCUUUUCUUGGCCUUUUGGGGCAUUUCUGUGUAAAUUUAACGAAUACAUGCAAACAUUUUCUCUUGGUGUCUCGGUAUUUACACUAACCGCCCUUAGUGGCGACCGGUAUGUUGCCAUUGUUCAUCCAAUGAGCAAACACACGGGAAAACCUACGCUUAUAACAGUGGUAGCUGUGGUUGGAAUUUGGAUCUUUUCCGCAGCACUUGCCAUACCUGAGGCAGUUACAUCAGACGUUCUCUAUUUUGAAGGAGAAGCCCCUAUGGACAAUGGCAACACCACAAUUAUACCAGUAACUAUAGCGAUUUGUCAAAUAUAUCCGGCGAACAGCUUGCCGUUGUGGUAUAGCAAGGCACACUCUAUGUUCAGAUUUAUGGUGUUCUUUGGAAUACCUCUCCUCGUAAUCGCAAUAUUCUACGCCAUGAUGUCGAGAAUAUUAAUAAUCAGCAAUACGGCAUUGCCCUGUGAAUCCGUAAAAGGAUCAGCAAUGAAUCAACAGCAGAAAAGGCAGAUUCAAGCGCGUUUGAAGGUAGCCAAAGUAGUUCUUUCAUUCGUCGUCAUCUUUGUUGUAUGCUGGCUACCACGUCACAUCUCGAUCCUAGCUGGCCACUUCGCCGACCCGGAAUACAACAUGUUUUGGCAUGUUCUUAAAAUAACAUCAUUUUGCCUGACCUAUAUCUACUCAUGCGUGAAUCCAUACGCGCUCUACUUUCUAAGCAGCAAGUUUAGGAAGUAUUACAACCGAUAUUUGUUCUUUUGCUGUCGUAAGAGCUCUUAUCCAGGUUUAGCGGGAGGGGAAUAUUCGGCCACGUGUAAUUGUAACAAUACUAUGCGCCGGGGCAGCACAACAUAUACGGGUGUGGUGCAUUCACAGUCCAUGUGUUAAGGCUGUAAAUGAGGCCAAAUUAGUGCACAUCUAUAUUAAUCAUUAAAAAGGUAGAUAUGGAUUAUUCUGAAUUGUCGCAACAUGCAAGUCUUUUUCAACUUGAUCUUCAUGUAUAAGCACUGAAACAUAAAUUUGUACAAUAAUACGAACCCGAACGCGUGCUGUAUAGCCAAAAAAACGAACGGUAUUUAAGUGUUAACCAGCACGAAGUAUGGGACAUAACCAUUGAAAACAACAUGGGAUUAGCUAAAUGUAAGCUUGAAAUAUUUCGGAAUGGCAAAAGCCCGUAAUGCUGAUGGCUAGAAAUAUGAAUUUAUGCAAAUCAUAUUUAGAAUUCAAUUGUAGAAACAUUAUCAGUAGAGAUUUCAUUUUUAUAACAAAGGAGAAAUAAAUGCAUGCUUAGAUAUAUUGUAUUCGGUAAUGCAUUACAUUUCCCCUGCAGAAAGUCAUUUAAGUGUAAGAAUGAACAUGUCAGAAUGUGCGUUCUCUCAAUGGAUGAAAUGUAAGCCGUAUAUCAUUUGAAUUGUUCGUUGUAUUGUGUAAAAUUAUACUAACAUCACACAGCACGAAGUAAAUACAUUGUUACAAUUAAGCUUUAAUAAAAUACAUAAGUCAUUGUCAUUAUUACAAAGCAGUACGCUUGUUGUUGCUAAUAUUGGUGUUCUAUCUGGGUCUGUUGCUUAAAACACUAAUUGACAGAAUUUACUUGCCUGGCAAAAACAAUAGCGAAAUUAGAGCAAUGGUUCUUAGUUAUUUGUCUUGUGUUAUUGUCAGUCGCUGAAACUGCGUGUCUUGAAUGCGUUUUAAUGUGAUGCUUCUUUUAAUUUCUUCUUUAUUAUUACAAAUAAGCUAAUGUCAUUGUAGCUUAUUGUGUUUAUGUGGGGAAUUUGCUAGAUAUCGAAUAGACAUUAGAAAUAUAUAAAGUAAUAUAAUAUUAAUAUAUUCCUUUUUCGGACAACGUUUUCAGCAUAUGGUGUCCAGUAUGAGUGUGAAAUGUGUUCUUAUAAAUCAGUUGUAUAAUUAUAUAUAUUUUAUUACGUUAUUAUAUUUACGUUUUUCUUUCCUUUGUGCAUGUUAAAAUGAUUUUCAGUCACCUUAGCGAAUAAGUGGGUUUCCUCCGGGUGUUCUUGUUUUUACCCACAGGGCAAGACCACACUUUUCAACUUUUCAUAAUAUUAAUCCAACGAGGGGGAUUAUUAUUGUGUUUAAAAAUAUACUUUAGAAGACAAUUGUAAUGGUAUGUAUUGUUAAUAUGGUAAACAUUUGUUCAAUAAACUGUUGAUCAAAAUUUCUUUCUUAAAAUUGCAAUA